AUGCCAGUCAAUUCUCGACCACGCAGAGCGUCCUGUGCGACCGAAGCCGCUCAGUUGGCUGUGGAAGCGCGUAUGCCCGCUGUGCGGUUCUCUGUGAAGGAUGCCCUGCCACAGAUGACGGAGCGGCCUCAAGGGGAAAGAGGAUCCGUCGCUGGAAAGGAGCAGGAAGAAGGAAGAUCUCCACAUACGUCGCGCGGGAUCCUUCAUCGGACGCAGCUAAACCUUGAUCCAUAUGCUGCGCCUUCUCCAACACGUUUUGCCGAGACGUAUGCCUCACCCAGUACAUCCCGCUCUAUUACGCCUCGACAGCGCGAUGACAAGCGCCUCUCGGUGCCGAAUGUCCCUUCUGUCAAUAGCUACCCACGCUUCUCUUCUCUGCCUUCGUCCCGCCUCUCUGACGCUUAUUCCGAGCCGCUGAGCCCCUUGCAUGCAGACUACCAGCAAGGGGGUCACGUUCCUUCCUCUCCAACGUCGUCCUUCGCUCGCAUUCCUCUCUCUUCCCGUAGCCAGCUUGCAAACCCGAAGCUCAGCAUGGUCCACUCUAUUGACACCGAGUACGACCGCCUCGCGAGAGCAUGCGGCCAGCUCCCACCUGGUGUAGCUUCGUCGCGACAUCGGGCAGCUUCAUGGGCUCCUGCCGCUCCUGGACAGGUGGCGGAGGAAGACCCGCUCAACGAGGGCAGCAACGGCGGUGCCAGGCAUAGACGUGCGCGAUCGAUGCGCGUCGCCGGCCACACCCCGUACGUGUUGGACGACCCGGGCCCUUCGAGUUUGCUGUGGCAGCACGACAUGCGCGAGGGCACGCUCCAGCCGCGCGAUGCGCCGCCGUUCCAGCAGCCAGAACCCCGCGGGGUGCUCCUAUCCCUCUCGCGGUUGUUGCAGCUGGGUCGCCAAGACGUGAACGAUUACAUCGAGAUGGAUGAGUUUCUCGAGCGGAAGCAUGAGGAGGAGCGGGAGCGGCAGGUGUGGUUGGACAGGCGAGCAAAGGCGGCGGAGAUGGGGAAGGAGCGAGCUCCGGGGAUAUUCGGUGCGUCUCUUCGGGAUGCUGUAAGUCGCUCUCCUGCAAAUACGAUCAUGGGUGGGCGCAAGCAUGAGAUACCCACUGUCGUGCAUACUUGUGUGGAAGAGCUAUACAGAACAGGCAUCUACCAAACCGACCUGUUUCGCGCCCUCCCUAACCGCGCGAAUCUCGUAGAAUUGGUCCGCGCAUUCGACACGAAUGCUAAUGUGUCCCGCUCACCGUUGCUACGCCACGCCCCGAUGGCUGAUAUAUGCGCUGUGCUGACGUCAUACAUCAAUUCCCUUCCCGAGCCGCUCUUCGAUCGCACGAUGCACGAUGCUCUGUGGACCUGGUGCGUACAAGCGGAGAUGAGCGAGGACGAGAAGAAGAAGGACGCUCUGGAUGCUCAGGAUGCUCAGGACGCGAAGAGCGAGAGCGAGAGCUUUGUGCGCGCGCCUGCCCGAAUGUUCCGGAGGCGUUCCCUGUCGGAACCGAAGACGCCCCCCUCGUUGUCCCAGAGCGCGAACACAAAGACACCACAGGAGCAGGAGCGUGAGGACGCGGACAAGGAGCGUCGGUGUAUUGCCGUCACUAGACACAUCCUGCAGCUCAUUCCGCCGGAGAGCCUGUCAUUGCUCGCAUAUCUCUUCGCCUUCUUCACGCAGAUUCCUCUGUGCCCAGAUAACGGUCUCUCGUACGAAGACAUCGCACGGAUUUUCGCCCAUCGUUUGCUCGGCGGGCCCAGCAAGAAUGCUGCGAGGUCGCUUAUGAUGUGGUUGCUCAAUCGCUGGAGUGCUAUAUCCGAAAAUUUGCUCGGCGGCGACGAGAAUGAUAGCGAUGCGCUCCAAUCAAAUUUAGUACGACGCAUGAGCUCAGGACGCUUACGGCGUUUGUCUUUGCCACCCCAGUGGAGCGAGGGCAUGCCUACGCAUGAUGACAGUCUGCAAGUCCCGUCAUAUGCGACACCUCUUGGACGGCCGUAUUCGUCGUCGGUAUCGUCCGACACAUCGUCGAGUACUGCGGAAUCUAUGGAGAGUGAAGACGAGCCCAGCGCGCGGGGCACGUUGGCGUACGAUAUGCAAGACAUGCGCGAGAGGAAAGCUGCAUAUGAAGCACACCUCGGCCUUCCAGACGACGACUACUAUGGGAAGUCCUCUGUUCAAGAGCACGGCUUCGUCACGACACCUCUUUCCGAUGACUACGACUUUCUCAAGUUUUACGACUAUUUCAGGAAGGAGAAGAACGCAUUCGAAAGCGAUUCAGAGAGCGUUUGUUCUACAGAUAUGGAUGAACCGUCUGCUCCGAGUGCAGGGCAAACCCCGCACGUCUCGAACGACUUCCCGUCGGCUGUCGCGUCGUCGAAUCACAAGCUCUCCUCCGCGUUGCAACGCAUAUCGGAGCUCGAAUCAGAGCUGCAACGCACGCGGGAUUCCCGAACGUCUCUGGAGGACGUGCUUUUGCCCGAUUCCACGACUACGGGCAUGCCUCAGAAGCUUCGAAACGAACUGUCCGACGAGUCGCCGGAAGAAAUCGAAUACAUGCGACGCGAGACAGCGCAGAAGCAGCUGGAAGUUGCGCUGAACGAGCGAGACGACGCGAAGAAACUUCUCCAGGGUUUCAAGCAGUUGAUUGAUGAGGCUUUGCUGCAGUGA